UUUAGGGUCCGACGGAUUUUUCUUUUUUCUUUUCUCGCAUUCAGGACGACUGGGAAAUAAAAAAAAAAAAAACCAAAAACUUUUUCCUCUCUUCUAUGUGGAGGCUCGUUAGAAACAUCCGCCUGUGACCUUCACUGCGUUACAUUAUUGCUACAUUUUUAUAAAAAAAAACCGGAAACAACUUCUAUUUGAUACAAUCACACGCGGCCUUUCAACUAUUUCCUUUUUUUUUUUUUUUUUUUUUUUUUCUUUUUCUUUGAAUGCGUUGCAAAUAUGAUGAUGUCACCGACGCCACUUUUUCCUGAAGUUAUGGCGGAGCGAAACUUUUCUAACUUCUCUUGACCAUUGAGUGCACUUGGCUUUACUAAUGGAGCACCUGCAGGGAGCGUGGAAGACCCUGAGCAACGGCUUCGGAAUGAAGGACUCGCCGUUUGAGGGCCCGUGUCUCUCGCCGACCUUGGUCCAGGGCUUCUCCUGCCAGCGUCGCUCCUCGGACGACAGCAAGAUUCCCGAUUCCAAGGCUAGCAGCACAAUCCGCGUCUACCUCCCGAACCAGCAGCGCACUGUGGUAAACGUACGACCAGGUAUGACCCUGCACAGUUGCCUGAUUAAAGCAUUGAAGGUUCGAGGUCUGCAGCCUCAGUGCUGUGCCGUCUUCAGGCUGCAUCCAGGACAGAGGAAUAAAAAAUCACGGAUGGAUUGGAACACUGACUCCACCUCCCUGAUUGGAGAAGAGCUACUGGUGGAGGUUUUAGAUCACGUUCCCUUGACGACGCAUAAUUUUGUUCGGAAGACUUAUCUGAAACUGGCGUUCUGCGACAUUUGCCAGAAGUUCCUUUUGAAUGGUUUUCGGUGCCAAACAUGCGGCUACAAGUUCCACGAGCAUUGUAGCACCAAAGUGCCCACCAUGUGUGUGGACUGGAGCAACAUCAGACAACUGCUGUUGUGUCCAACGCCUGGAGAGAGCGGCGCCCCGUCACUGCCCCCGCUGACGUCCCGGCGAAUGAGAGAAUCCUUAACACGGUUUCCAAGCUCGGCCCACCGGUAUUCCACUCCUCAUGCCUUCAACUACAGCGCGCCGUACACGCCCACGGGCGGCUGGCUCUCCCAGAGGCAGCGCUCCACCUCCACGCCCAACGUCCACAUGGUUAGCACCACCCUGCCUGUAGACAGCAGCAUGAUUGAGCUAGACUGCCUGAAUGCCUCCCCCAGCUCCUGGUGCCAUAGGUUCUGGCUGAAGAGGAAAGUAGGUAUUGUGCACUUCUCCCAGUCUUUUGUUGAGGCCUCAUCCGAGAGUCCCGAAAAGGAUGCAAUGCGUGAUCAUGACUCGGCGGGGAGUUCCCCCAGUCAGAGCCCCACAGGCUGGGCCCAGUCCAAAGCGCCUGCACCCGCCCAGCGAGAGAGGGCCCCGUCCUUCAACAACCACGAGAAAAACAAAAUAAGGCCUCGGGACAAGCGGGACUCUAGUUACUACUGGGAGAUCGAGGCCAGUGAGGUGUAUCUGAACUCCCGCAUCGGUUCAGGCUCAUUUGGGACUGUGUACAAAGGGAAAUGGCAUGGUGAUGUAGCAGUGAAAAUUUUAAAGGUGACCGACCCCACACCAGAGCAGUUACAGGCAUUCAGGAAUGAAGUGGCAGUCUUGAGGAAGACACGACAUGUCAACAUCCUGUUGUUCAUGGGCUACAUGACGAAGGACAACCUGGCCAUUGUGACCCAGUGGUGUGAGGGCAGCAGCCUCUACAAACACAUUCACGUCCUGGAGACAAACUUCAAGAUAAUCCAGCUCAUAGACAUCGCCAGGCAGACGGCUCAGGGCAUGGACUAUCUGCAUGCAAAGAACAUCAUUCAUCGCGACAUGAAGUCCAACAACAUCUUCUUGCAUGAAGGGCUGACGGUGAAAAUCGGGGACUUUGGUCUGGCAACGGUGAAGGCCAGAUGGAGUGGCUCACAUCAGGUGGAGCAGCCUUCUGGAUCCAUCCUCUGGAUGGCUCCCGAGGUUAUCCGGAUGCAGGAUAACAACCCCUACAGCUUCCAGUCUGAUGUCUAUUCCUAUGGAAUUGUUCUCUUUGAGCUCAUGACGGGAGAGCUGCCGUACUCCCUGAUAGCAACUAGAGAUCAGAUUAUCUUCAUGGUGGGAAGAGGCUAUUUGUCCCCAGACCUCAGCAAGCUCUAUAAAAACUGCCCCAAAGCCAUGAAAAGGUUGGUGGUCGACUGCAUCAAGAAGUCCAAAGACGAGAGGCCACUCUUCCCUCAGAUCUUGUCCUCCAUUGAGCUUCUCCAGCAUGCACUACCUAAGAUAAACCGCAGUGCCUCAGAACCGUCCCUGCACAGAGCCUCUCACACUGAGGAUAUCAAUGCCUGUACUCUGACCUCCACCAGACUGCCUGUUUUCUAGAGGCUCAGACAGCACAGCUCCUCCUCUCCUCACAUUUCCCCUCCUCCUCCUUUUGAAAUAUCCAAAAUAGUCCUAAGGCUCAGUACACCCCAAAUGAUCUACAUACAGACGCAAACAUAAACUUAAAAACGUACACGCAAUCAUACAUAAACCCUGCGCUAAUCAAUAGAACAUGUGAGGAGAGAGGAUGGAGGGAAGUGCAUCUGAGAUCUUUCUUUUGGAAGGAAGCGAGUGAUCGCAGUGGGAUGAACACAUGAAGAGGCCGGCAUCAGAUCCAUGAAGGCGGUGCCUCGCUUAUCACUGCACGUAUUAAGAAGUAUGCAGAGGCUCCACGGUGGCAAUGCAUUUGAUAAGAUUUUGUAAAUACAUGCACGCACACCUACCUAAGGCAACGAGGGAAUGGACACUGAAGGAAGCUCUAGAGGAAGACGGAUGCGUCUCUCUUGGUUCGGGUUCUAUGACGUGAAGCACACCCUUUUAUCUGGCCGUCCUGGUUUCUGAUGAAGUGGAACUUUUUAAAAAGCUUAUAUGCCUUAAGAGGAAACAAAGCCUGGACUAAGAUCCCGCACAGUUCACCUCCUCUUGUUAUCACAAACAAAGCCGUUGGAUGUAGUCCGUUUAGUUGCACAGUAGUAGUUGAUUUUUGCAUUGUCUUAAUUGAUAAUGGCGUAGAUAUGGGAAGUUGUUGUCUUGUUUUUUUUGUUUUUUGUUCAUUCUUCUUUUAAUUGUCUUUCUUUUUUUGGGGGGUCAUUUUGGAGGACUUAUAUCCUGUCGGACAGCGAGCAUGAGUGAUGACGGAAUAAAUUUAAUUUUUGCACAUUUUUAGCAAAAUCAAUGGUUAUGUUUCAACAGUCUACACAUUGGCUUCAUAGCUCUGAGUAAACGAUCUGAAGAUACACACGCAUUCUUUCUCGGUCCUCACCGUGGGUAGGCUGUCACGAGCUGGACAUUCGGCGGUUGUCUUAAAUGUUUAAAAUGAUUUGGAAACUAAUUUGUAUUUGUUGUCUUCGAUGUCUCUUUCAGGAGGUUAAACGUGUUAUUGUGUACUUGGUGAGAGAGUUGUCUAUUCAAUAUUUUAAUAAAAUUA